AUGAGGCACCAUGAGGUCACUGAAAGGGUUCAAAGAGGUCAACACCCCAUGACCCGACAUGAAGUCUUAGCAAACCUCAAGAAUACUCAAACAUCUUAUAUUUAUAUUGAUAUUUGCUUUGAGAAGUACGUAAAUAAAGAAGUGGAAACCUGCUGGAAUGAUGAUGAUGAAAGAUCAAAGGCAAUCUUAGGACAAAGUGAAGGCUGGCAGAAGCAACAAGCCCCGGUUGGCACCGACCAAUCAAUACAUAUCUCUUUAUCUGCCACUAGUUGCCGCCGUGCCUGGCACAUCCCUCUUCCGAGGGGUCCUGGAGUGGUGGAGUCCUGGGGAAUGGAGUUGCUGCUCGCUGCAUUCCCCGUCAUCGGGGAAACUCCCCCCGACCGUUAG